GACCUGGAAUUGGCGACUUCGAUAUUAACAAGGAUGACGGCGGCCGCAGCAAGUCGAGGAAUCGGGGCAAAGCUGGGCCUGCGUGAGAUUCGCAUCCACUUAUGUCAGCGCUCGCCCGGCAGCCAGGGCGUCAGGGACUUCAUUGAGAAACGCUACGUGGAGCUGAAGAAGGCGAAUCCCGACCUACCCAUCCUAAUCCGCGAAUGCUCCGAUGUGCAGCCCAAGCUCUGGGCCCGCUACGCCUCCACGGUGCAGAAUAGUUAAAGACACCUCCCUCUCUCUCUUCAGCAUUUGGCCAAGAGACGAAUGUCCCUUUGAACAACUUCAGUGCUGAGCAGAUAACCAGAGCCCUGGAGAACGUGCUAAGUGGUAAAGCCUGAAGCCUCCACUGAGGAUUAAGAGCAACAGCCCCAGAGCCUGGGCUCUGCUGGACUUAGUAUAAUGUGAAAAAAAUGUGUUCUCCUAUUCCUCAUAAAGCUUGUGCUGUAAAAUA